AUGGGUGUCGCCAAAAAGACCAGAAAGUUUGGGCAGGCAAGUUUUUAUUUGUUUUGUUGCACGGACAAUGCAUGUGGCGUCAUCAUGAAGAGGGUGAUCGGACAACGUGAUGCCCGCUUGAAGAAGAACAAGGACAAGGCCGAGCUGGGGACGAAGAAGGCCGAGGCCGAGGCGUCUUCCGAGCUCAUCCGUUCCGUCCCGCAAAUGUCCAUCUCUCUCUUCCACAAGGCCAACACAGCGCUCGUACCGCCUUACCAGGUCCUCAUUGACACAGUAUGCUGCCUCCGUCUUGCCAUGGCCGCUGGGCUGAUUGUUCUUGCAUGA